AUGGAUUUUCUUGCUGACCCUUUACAUGUUGUGGAAACUAAGGAUGGGACUGUCUCAGUAGCUUCUACGUUUGCUGGUCACCAGGAAGUUGUGCAGGAUACAGACCACAAAUAUCUAAGAAUAGCUGUUGAAGAAGCAUAUAAUGGCGUAGAGCGCAAAGAUGGAGGCCCAUUUGGUGCUGUUAUAGUUCGAGAGGAUGAAAUAGUUGCUAGUUGCCACAACAUGGUUCUGAGUAACACAGACCCAACUGCUCAUGCUGAGGUGACAGCAAUAAGAGAGGCAUGUAAGAAGCUUAACCAGAUAGAACUUUCAGACUGUGAAAUAUUUACUUCCUGUGAACCUUGCCCCAUGUGCUUUGGUGCAAUCCACCUUUCCCGAAUUAAGAGGCUAGUUUAUGGAGCAAAAGCUGAGGCAGCAAUUGCUAUUGGGUUCGAUGAUUUUAUUGCAGAUGCACUGCGAGGUACUGGAUUCUAUCAGAAAGCAACAUUGGAAAUCAAAAGAGCUGAUGGGAAUGAGGCCAUCAUUGCUGAAGAGGUCUUUGAGAAAACAAAGACAAAAUUCCAAAUGUAUUAG